GGACUCAGGAAGGAAACACCUGAAGGAGCCUUUAAAGCCUCGGAAGGUUUAACCUUGUUGAAUAAGUCUGUGCUAAGCUGGUUUGAUAACUUGCUGAAAAUGGGUUUUGCACCGGUGGUGGACCUGCGGGAGUUUCAGCUGGAAGGUCACAUCGUGGUGGUUCCAGCUGAUCCACCCUUGAGACUGCUCCCAAACCUAAACGAUUUCCUUAAUCUUUUAGCUGUUCUGCUCAGGCCUUUUGAAGGUAGGGUUGAGAGAAAUGAUGAUGAGAGAAAUGAUGAUGAGAGAAAUGAUGAUGAGAGAAAUGAUGAUGAGAGAAACGUUGGUGAUGAUGAUGAUGAGGAGGAUAGUGAUGAUGAGGAGGUUGAGUUUGAAGAUGUUAGUUCUCUUUCGGCAUUUGGUGAGUCUCUUGAGGUAUCUAGCGAGGUUUCUGGGUAUGACACCGUGAGCUCUGAGGAAGAAGAGGUUGAUGAAGAUGAGGACGACCUUCCACCACAAUGUCGCUUUGCCCAGACGAUUCCUCUACACUUCAGACUCCCAUGGAACCAUGACCUGCAGGAAGAGCCUCUGGACCGUCCAGAUGAGGAGUCCGUUUCAGAAGAUGAAGGAGAGGUCAGUGUUGAUGACGUGUCAGAGGAGUCAGAUGUUAGUUCUUUUUCGGCAUUUGGUGAGUUGCUUGAGGUAUCUAGCGAGGUUUCUGGGUAUGACACAGUGAGCUCUGAGGAAGAAGAGGUUGAUGAAGAUGAGGACGACCUUCCACCACAGUGUCGCUUUGUCCAGACGAUUCCUCCACACUUCAGACUCCCAUGGAACCAUGACCUCCAGGAAGAGCCCUUAGAGUGUCAAGAAGAGAACUCACUUCGAGGGACCUCCCCACAUUACCAGGAAAGUGUUGAACUGGACCCGGCUCCCUCAACAUCUGGCCCCUGCGUCUCCAGAAAGAGGACAAGGGAGGGAUGUGCUGAAGAGGAACUCCCUGCCAAGAGGAUUAGUCGUUAGAGAAGAGCUAUUUCCUUCAUGAACCUUUUCUAUCAACCUUUGGCAUUAGCUAAUUACCCACCUGGAAACAUAUCUGUGGAUAAUAUCUGGAGAUAAUUUCUGGAGAUAAUUUCUUUAUUGGUUGUGUUUUAAAGCCGAUGGCUUUCUAGCAGGACUGGUGAUGCCUUCGGUAGCGACUUGCGCCGAGGCUUUUCUUUAUCCCGCUGCUAGGUUUUGGUUUUUAGAUAUUAAGGAGUCUGGCAGGACUGGUGAUGCCUUCGGUAGCGACUUGCA